AUGACGUCAUCGUUUCAAACGGCACACAACAUGGCCGCUUACGGUAGGAGAAGUGAGUUUGAUUUUAAUCGCAAGACAAACCCGUUUGACGACGGUUCCGACGAUGAGUUUGAAAAGGUCGAUGGAGAUGAAUUACGAAGUCAGAUGCAGAUGGCAAGAGAAAGGACAAUGGAGAGUACUAAACGUUCUUUAGCCCUGAUUGAAGACACACACGACAUAGCUGUAAAAACAGGAGAAGAACUCCAAUGUCAAGGGGAACAACUGAAUCGAGUAGAACGCAACUUAGACAAGAUACAGGGCGACAUGAAAAUUGCAAACAGACACAUUAAAUCGGUGAACAGCAUUUGGGGAGCCAUAGGGAAUUAUUUCAAGAAAGCACCUCAACCGAAAGAAAACACUCGACUACCUUCGAGUAAUACCAGAAGUGGUUUGUCAGGCUUAGAAGAGGACUCUUCUCUGUAUUAUCCCAGUAGAGACCACGGAAGGGAUAGCAAAGAGUACGGAGCAUGGACAGGAGAAGGUGGUCAAUUUCAAAGAAGUAGCUUCUCAUUGCGUGACCCGUACGAAAGGGAAAUCGACGCAAAUCUGGACCUUAUGUCACGAGGCUUAGGCCGCUUGAAAGAAGAUGCAUUGAUACUUGGUGGCGAGAUCGAACGGCAAAAUGAACAGCUGGACGGAAUUUUAAUAAAAACAGAUUUAGCUCACAAAACGGUUGAGGAAUCAGAUAAAAAAGUUAGACGGAUCUUAAGGAAGUAA